AUGUUAUCAAUUUCACCUGAUAGAAUUGGCCAUGCAACACAUCUUGAUCCAGAUUCUAAAAAAUAUUUAGCUGAAAAUCCAAUACCUAUAGAAAUGUGUAUGACAUCUAAUAUAUUAUUAAAUUCUGUUAAAAGUUAUCAAGAACAUCAUAUUAAAGAUUUUCUGUUUAUUAAAUAUCCAUGUUGUCUUUCUACUGAUGAUAAAGGUGUUUUCUUUUCUGAUCUUUCUGAUGAGUAUGCAAUAGCUGCUUCAACUUUUUCAUUAACACAACAACAACUUUAUGAACUUUCAUAUCAAUGCAUUGAUUGUAUAUUUGAUAAUGAUGUAACUAAAGAACAUUUGAAAACAUUGUGGAAAGCUGUUUGGAAUGUAGAAAAGCGCAGAAGAAGUGCAGCGAAGAAACUCCUUGUAAAAGAUGCGUUAGAAGUAACAGCCACUGCAAUAAAGAUUGGAUUUCGAACAAAAGAGGAAGAAAACCAAAUUGUUUAG